AUGGCAAAUGUGUUCUCAGAUUUAGGCAGUGAUGAAUAUAAGGCGAUUCCCCGGAUUCUUUCGGUAGUUUCUUCCCUGCUCGAGAGAAAAGUAGCCAGGAAUGAAAGGCUGAUCGUUCCUUGUCAGAAAAAGCUUUCGAGAGAGAAUUUGGGUGUUUUCUCUGCACUACAAGUUCCUGCAAUGAAUAUAGAAAAGUAUUUGGAGAGGAUCUUCAAGUAUGCUCGUUGCAGUCCUUCAGUAUUUGUUGUGGCCUAUGUUUAUAUUGAUCGCCUAAUUUUCCACAUUCCUGGCUUUCACUUAACAUCUCUCAACGUUCACAGGCUUGUUCUUACGAGUGUCAUGGUCGCUACCAAGUUCCUUGAUGGCUUCCAUUACAACAACGACCAUUUUGCCAAAGUUGGAGGCCUAAAGCUAGCGAAACUGAAUAACCUAGAAGUCGAGUUUCUGUUCAUGUUGCGGUUCCGAUUGCAUGUGACAGCGAGUGGGUUUGAGAGUUAUUGCACCUACUUUCAUCAGAUAGAGGUGGCAUUAGGCGGAGGUGUUCAGAUAGAGAAAGCUCUCCUUUGCUUCUCUAAAACCGAGACAGACAAUUCAUCCAGGCAAUUGGAAGAAGCAUAG